AUGGUUAGGAAUCGACGUCACGCGGCCCUUAAGUGCCAGAAGAGGCGAGAGGCGCGCCAGGGCAGCGGCACCCGUCGCAUUGCGGCCCGAGACGCGGCCGUAGCACCACCGCCCACAGGACACCUCCUUCGCUUCCUAUUCCCGAACAUGGCCGACGACGAGAGGUUUGACGCGUUCCUCACCACGCUCGGGUUCGGACGCUGGCAACUUAGGGCUCUGCUGGCAACCACGCUGGUGAUGUCGACGUUCCCCAUCCACCUGGUCGGGUCGCCGUUCCUGGCCGCCCCGAUGCCGUUCCGCUGCUUCGACGGAGGGAACGCCUCGGUCGGGUCUGAGGGGGUCGACCCGAGCGGCGCACCGAACGGCACCUUCUUCAGCGACGCCUGCGCGGCCGCCGCCGAUCUCCCGCGCGAUUCUGUGGAGUGUCCCGCGCCCUGCGUCUUCCCGAGUGUGCGGGCGACGGGGCUGCGCACCUGCCCUUUCAUCGAGUAUGACACCUCACUUUUCACUUCUACUGUGACAUCAGAUUUUGACCUUGUCUGCGAGCGGGCCUGGCUACGGCCCCUGUACGUGACCCUGUAUAUGAUUGGGGGGUUGCUGGGCAGCCUGGCCGGAGGCUACGUCGGCGACAGAUGGGGACGUCGGCGCGCAGUGCAACUGGCAUCCCUGACAAACGCCGUAACGGUGAUCGCGACUGUUUUUUCGCCUUCCUACCCACUGGUGCUGGUCAUGCGCGUCCUGGCGGGCAUCACCAUGACCAGCAUGGUCAUCUCGGGCUGGAGCCUCUCCCUUGAAUGCUGCCCUUGCAAAUACCGGGGUCUGCUGGGGAUGCUGCUCGGCCUGCCGUACUCGGUGUCUGUGAUCUGCUGCGCCGGAAUAGCCUACCUGAUCCGCACUUGGCAGUUCCUCUUCCUGGCCAGCGCAAGUCCAGUGCUAAUCCUGCUGCCCAUUAGCUUUCUGAUGGACGAGUCCCCGCGGUGGCUGCUGCAAAAGGGCAGGGUGGACGAGGCCAGGGUCGUGUUGCAGAGAGCAGUCCAGCUCAAUAACGCCGAAAAAGCCAGUUCUCUUCAUGCUACCAUUGACAAACUGAUAGAAGCUACCGCCACCGAUAAGAUCAAUACCAGGGAUGGAGAGCAAAAGACAUCAUCAGUGGUGGCAGCUCUUCGAGAGACAUGGGCUUACAUCCGCACCCCCGCCAUGUGCAAGAUCAUCAUAGCCACCGCAAUCCUCUGGUUCCUGCAUAAUAAUCUAUACCUUGGUGUGGCACUCAAUGCUAAUAACUUUUCGAGUGACGACCCCUUCCUGUACGUGGCGCUGACGGGCGUCAUGGACGGGUCCGCUAUCCUGGCCACCACACCCCUCACAGCCAAGCUGGGCCGCCGAGUCCUGGUGUGGGCGGGCUUUGCAGUGGGCGGGGUGUUCUUCCUGGUGGAAUUACUCGUUCCGGAAGACUUCUCGUGGGUCAAGUGGAUCUUCGUCAUGGGAGGAUUCUUCCUGAUUGCAGGGUCAUUGCAGGUCAACUACAUGUACGCGCCCGAGCUGUUCCCGACGGAGUCCCGCGCCAGGGGCUUCGCCUUCGUGCAGUUGGCGGGCAACGUCGGGUCGGCGUGUGCUCCGCUGGUCACGGACGUCGUGUCCCAGUAUGCGUGGUGGGCGGCGGGCGUGACUUUCGGGUGUGCGGGCAUCGUAGGCAGCUUCCUGUUGCCUCUCCUGCCGGAGACGAGGAACCAGCCGCUGCCGGAGACUCUGGAGGACGUGCAGAACCGAGGGCGAAAGAAGAGGCAGGACACGAGUCGUGGCGCAGAAAAUGCCGCUUACGUCACGGAUGGGGAGGCGAGCGGGGUUUAGCUCCCGCCUUGGGUUCGGCCUCGCGCCCCGGGAGGGAAGCUGGAGGCAGCCCCGAGACGCCCAGAUGCAGGGCCGUCCUGCUGGGCGCUCUCGGAAUUUUCCACUGAUUAAAAGGAGCUUUUUGA